AUGCGCGAUAUGCCGUCGGCCAGUUGCACUCUGUGUAGCAUCCACGGCGAGGACUUGGGAUGGCACGAAAGUCAGGCGAAGGCCAGCCUCCGCGCCGGGCAGGCCACCAAUAGUGGCCUUCAACGGGUUUUCGUGCGGAGAGCCAGUCGCUUCUGGCAAACGUCUAUGCAGCCGGGAGGUUGGGUACGAAUGCAUGGCGUUGACCUGUUGUUAACCGGUGUAUGUGCCAUUCCUCCGUCGCCAUCCCUCGCUGCCAGCAAGCCCUCCACUUUGUGUAGGAUUUUGAUAUGGCCAUACGCCAUGGGCGGAGCGUCAAGGGUGGCGCCGAAGGACGGGCUUAGCGGUUCCGACGCCAACGAGACGACACGCAAGUGA